AUAUUAAUAUAGAUAUUCUGUGAAAAUCUCAUGAAUAGUUUUUGAUCGUAACAAAAUUAAAGUUUUACAAUUGUGUGGUGUUAAUGGAUAUUAUCUAAAGAAAUGUCUUCACUUACAUCUACAGAGUUAACCAUUACAUGUGAAGAGCUGGAUAAUUCCAAAUUAAGCAUAAAUUCAAACAACAGUCAACUCAUUAUAGAAAAUAAAUCUCCUGAUGUGACAAUUUCUAAAUCUGACCCAGCCACAACUCUACCAACCUUGGUACCCACCUCUAAUCCUUCUGUUACAAUGAAAACACAAGUUGUACCUUUUGUAUAUAUCCAAAAUAAUUCAAAAACUCCUUUUGCUUCAGUUAAUAAAACCACUGGCAAUGUUAUUGUAAAUAAUAUUCCACAAUUUCAGUUAACACCAAUAGGUUCUAAUAUUAAUAAACAUUCGGUUUCUACUACAUCAAUUCCUAUUGCUCCAACACAAAAUGUAAUUUUUACCACUGGACGACCCAAUCCUUUAGUUAUCCAUAAACCACAAGGAAAUAUGGUACCUUUGGUACCUGUUUCAGUGUCUGGAACCACAAAAAUUGCUGGUGUUUUAACUAUGUUAAAACCAAAUGCUAAACUAAACGACAAUAAAACUUUAAGUUCUAUACAAUUGAAUAAUAACAACUUGAACUUGCCUCAUAUACCUCAACUCAAUACUUUUAUUCCCUCACAAAAUCCACAACAAAAAUUUGUUUUGGCACCUAUGCCAAAACUAACAACAAACAGACUAGCAACAUCCACAACUAACAGUGUUCAACCAAAACUUGCUCUAUUACCAAUGCCUGUACCUAAUUCUGAACCAAUUAUUACCACACCUAAAGUGUAUAGCCAUUUUAAAUUAAAUGAUGGGCAAUUACGAGUUGAACCUGCAAAUAUAGUUAUGUGUGAUAGUUUAUCAAAUGAAAAUAGCAUUGACUUAGAUAGUAAUAGUGAUGAGAAGUUGAUUUGUGAUGAAGUAAUUGACUUGGACAGUCCAGAGAAAAAUGAUCUCAUUAACAAAACAUAUGAACUUAGUAUCACUGAAGAUUCUACUAGUUCCCAAAAAGAACUAAAAAAUUCGGCUGCAACAAACAGUAGAAAUGCUUCUAAAGAUGCACCUAAAUUUUCUAAAUAUGGUGUAUCAAUCCUUAAAAAAAACUAUAAUUGUUUAGAUCGUAAAAGUGAGAAACCUAACAGUUUAGUUAUUAGCAAUAAUAAUUCGGCUUCAGUUUCAGAAAAUAAAGAAGUUCUUAUUUCAAAACCAAACCGAAGUGAAAUGGAUAAUAUUAUAAUAACAAUACCUGCCCCACCAAAACCUGAAAAAGAAAGAAGACGUAAAUCAACAUUAACAUGCAUUAAGGAAUAUGAUGAAAUGGAAGUAACUUCUACUGAUGCAUAUGGAAAUGAAGUAAUUUCCAAACCAUCUUUUGAAAAACAAAAUCUUGAAAAAUCACCUCUUAAUAAUAAUAAAUGCCCUUCAUUAGAGGAGUCAAAGAAAAACUUAACAAGCGAAGUUGAAAUAGAAUUAAUAAAAGAAAAUCCACCAGUUAUGAAAGUUGAAGAUUGUGAUCUUCAAAAAGUUCUUCAUUGGGAUGAUGGCAUAGGCACAUUGCCUGGAACUGAAAUUAAAUUUAUAAUAAAUGAAUUUAAUUUAGUUGAAUACAUCACCGAAAAUGAAUACAAAGAUCUUAUUGAAAAACGAAUAGUCAAAGCAAAAGAAAAAAUAAAAGGGGAGUUUCAAGAAGAAAUGAGGUGUUUGGAAUGUGGUUGUUAUGGUUUAUCCUCUGAGUUUAUCAAUCCUAAAUUUUGCAGUUUUGAUUGUCAAGAUGUCUUCCAAAAUAAAAGCACCAAAAAAGAUAAAAAUGACAAAUUUAUUAAAAAGAAAAAGAAAAAACCUAAGGUAGAGGCAGAUACUAUAAAAUUAGGAAAAGAUGAAGAUAGCGAUGAGGAUUCUAUUGAUAACUCUUCUCAAGAUAAAUCUAUGUCAUAUCCAUGGGCAUGUAAGAAAAAGGGAUUUUCUUGGUCCAAAUAUCUAGAACAUGUCAAAGCCAAACCUGCCCCUGUAAAACUAUUUAAAGAUCCCUUCCCUUAUGCACGAAAUGGUUUUAGACCUGGCAUGAAACUCGAAGGAGUAGAUCCACAACAUCCUUCCUAUUUCUGUGUCCUUACUGUUGUUGAAGUUGUUGGUUAUAGAAUUAGGUUACACUUUGAUGGUUACCCCGAAAAUUAUGACUUCUGGUGUAAUGCUGACAGCAUGGAUAUUUUCCCAAUGGGAUGGUGCGAAAAAUAUGGCCAUGUACUUCAACCACCUUCAGGAUAUACCAUUGAAAAUUUCAACUGGGUGCAGUAUUUGAAACAGACAAAAAGUACUUCUGCACCAAAGCAUCUUUUUGCCAAUAGAGCUGGCCAGGCAAUAUGUCCUAAUGGAUUUAGAGUUGGUAUGAAACUAGAGGCUGUAGAUCGAAAAAAUACUUCACUUGUUUGUGUUGCGACUGUAAGAGAUAUGAUGGACAACAGGAUAUUGGUGCAUUUUGAUAGUUGGGACGACAUUUAUGAUUAUUGGGCUGAUCCCACUUCACCUUACAUUCAUCCGGUAGGCUGGUGCGAUCAGUAUGGACAUAAUCUUACUCCUCCAAAUGAUUAUCCAAAUCCAGAAUCCUUCUCAUGGGAAGUAUAUCUCAAAGAAAGGAAAGCAGUGGCGGCGCCAGUUCGAGCUUUCAAACAACGACCUGCUUGCGGGUUUAAGAGAGGGAUGCGACUCGAAUGCGUGGACCGGCGGGUUCCUCAAUUGAUAAGGGUAGCAACGGUGGAGGAUGUCAAAGAACAUCAAAUUCGAAUCCAUUUCGACGGGUGGAUCGACAGGUAUAGCUAUUGGGUAGACGACGACAGCCCCGACAUACACCCGGUGGGAUGGUGCCAGAAAACUGGACAUCCGAUCGAACCUCCUCUAACACCUGACGACGUCUACGAUUUUUUGGAGUGCCCAACAGUAGGUUGUAGAGGACAAGGUCACAUAAAAGGUCCAAAAUUUGCAACACAUUCUACUCAAAACCAUUGUCCGUACUCGGAGGGGAAUUUAGACAUUGAAAAAAUUUUGCCCGAUAGAUUGCUCAGUCCUGAUAGAAGUCCAGCGGCAGUGGUACCUGUUUCUAGGGAACCUAAGGAAUGUAAAAUUAAACCUCGAGUAGGUCGACCUCCAAAGAAUUGUCGACCGGAACCCAAAACGGAAUCCAUAGAAGAAGAGGAUGAUGAGCCCCCUGAAAAGAAACCAUGUAAGAAAAUUAAGACCGAAAUCAAAACAGAGCCUAACCAGACAAGCUCAGAACAAAAAUGGAAAGCUCUCAGCCUCAUCGAAGAUUCCAGUAUUUUACCAGCAGAGAAAGAAUCGUGGUCAAAACAUUCCGAAUUUUUGCACAGAUACACGAAAGUUGAUUUCGAUCCUCGGUUUUGGACCAGCAAAGAGGUGAUUCAUUUCGUAACGAAGUUGCCUGACUGCAAUAUAGAUCAUGAAAUGCUGCGCAAGGAAAAAAUCGACGGGGAAGCCUUCUUGUCACUUACUCCAACUGAUAUCGUAUCGAUAUUAAAAAUUAAAGUUGGUCCCGCUAUUAAAUUGUACAAUAGUAUUGUUUUAUUACGGCAGCAAAUAGACAAAAAAGUGUUUGCAUAAUGUUGAUAGAAACGUGAUACUUUUUACACUUUGUCUCAUAAUGUUUAUUAUAAAUAUUAAAUCUUUAAUUAUUGUUGUAAAUACUUGUACAUAAACUUUAUUUUACUGAUGAAUAUAAUUUUUCAUUUUUUAA